AUGGCAACAAUAUUAGAAGAAAUGCAGACAGCAAAGCAUAAUAUAAUGUUGUAUGUACAGAAAACAGCAUUUUCCAGUGAAAUUAACAAUUUACAAAAUUCUAAGCCGGUCAAAAAGGACAGUAGUAUAGCUUCAUUGAAUCCUAUGAUAUAUGAUGACCUCAUUCGGGUACAGGGUCGACUUCAAUCUCGCAACCAGAGUAAUUGUCCAGUGAUACUACCCAAUAAAAAUACCGUGACAAGAAUGAUAAUACGACAUAUACAUGAAAAUAAUGGUCACGCCGGGAAACAGCAUGUUCUAGCCGCAUCCCGUGAAAAAUACUGGAUACUUCAGGGACCUAGUGCAGUGAAAAAUAUUGUAAAGAAUUGCAUUAUAUGCAGACGACAACAUACCCCAUUAAUGACUCAACAGAUGGCCCCUCUCCUUCCCGAGCAGACGACACCAGAUGAACCUCCGUUCACGAAUGUAGGUAUUGAUUACUUUGGGCCACUUAUUGUAAAAGCAGAGCGUACACAUGUAAAGAGAUACGGUUGUCUUUUCACGUGUCUUGCAACUAGAGCAGUACAUCUUGAAGUUACACACACUUUGACAACUGACUCCUUCACCGCAGCAUUUCAGCGUUUUACGGCUAGAAGAGGAUAUCAAAAGGUGUUCAGUGAUAAUGGAACAAAUCUUGUGAGCGGUGUCUACUUGAAAGUUCACCUUAGUCAUACUCAUGUUGCUUAUUGA